AUGGCGCGGGAGAGGCUGCCCGGGAGGGGCUGCUGUGCCCUGCGCCGCUGUCUGCUCGCCGCCGCUCUGCUGCUCGGCCUGCGGCUCUGCGCGGAGCUGCAGCGCGCCGGGCCCCAGCCCCCAGCCCUCAGCUCCCCGCCAGGCCAGGCCCCCCGACCGCCCGGGUCGCACCUGCAGCCCGCGCCCGGCCAGCUGCGCGGCGCCAGCCGGAGGCAGGUGACCUACGUGCGCAGCGGGCGCCGAGCGCCGGCGGGGGGCGGCAGGAGUGGGACGCCGGAGCCUGGCUGCUGCGCCCUGCGCGGGCGUCCCCGCCUGAAGGGUCCCCGGUGGCAAAUAGACCUCCAGCCUUGGGCAGGCCCUGCUCGCUCCCUGGAUGAAGAAGCCUUGAGGUUCCUGAGAUACAUCAGCACCAUUCAGAUUGCGUGUGAUCACAUGAGCACAGACAGCCUGGCUACUGACUCCAGCCCUACAGAGAAGCCCUGGCUGGUCUGUCUUGAUGACAGGUUUGGCUUAGUUCAUCAAAUCCGCAACAAGCAGUGCCGCCUCUAUUCGUUAGGCCUAGGAAGUGAUGAUACCCAUUUUGAGGUUGGCAUGGCCAGCAAUGGAUGUGAAGUGCAUCGUUUUGAUCCUAGUGUUAAAUCAGCUCAUGUUCUGGAAAGUGAGCAUCUUUGGUAUCACCGUUUGUCCAUCGACUGGCGGGACCCCCAUCCAGCUGUUGCUGCCCAAAAACCGUAUAGCAACACCAGAAAACUGGGAACCAUUUUGAAUGAAUUUGGGCAUCACAAGAUUGAUGUUCUCAAAGCAGAUCUGGAGAGCGCAGAAUGGAAAGUUUUGGAAAAUCUUAUUCUGGAAGAUGUCCUCGAACAAAUUGGACAGCUCAUCUUUGAGAUCCAUCUCCACUGGCCCGGGUUUGAGGUCAGUGGCAGUGACAGCAGUGUUGUGCGGUUCUGGUACAGCCUCCUCAAAGAGUUAGAACUACAGGAUUUCAGGCUUUUUCACAGUUACAAAGAUUUAUCUAAACCUCAGCUUUUCCUGAAAAAAGAUAUUUUCAAUGCAAGUAGCUGUUAUACUCUGGGUUGGGUGAAUACAAGAUGGAAAUAG